AUGGCCUCCUUUAAGCAAUAUUUUCUCUUCAUUGCUCUUUUUGUUUCAAUUUCAGUUAAUAAUAAGAUGCAAGCAAUGGCAUUACAAGACUUACCAGUUGAUGUUGUAGAGAUUAAAGAAAAAGUACUUCCACUUGGUGAUAUUAUUACUUGCUUGAAAUAUUGCAAGGUCGAAAGUGAUUGCGAUGAUAGUUGGCUCUGUACAAACUGUGUUCCAUCUGCAUUUGAAGGAUGGGGGGCUCAAUGUGACAAACGAACUGUUACUGAUAAAGGUUAUUUUGGGACUAUUCUUCAAGCUAGAUAUAACAAUAUAAUAUAA